GUAGGAACUCUUUAAAGCCGCCUAGAACUUGCGACCCCUCUAAAACCCCUCCAUCCUUCCUUCCAGCGAUGGGUAGAGCUGACAAGGGUUGUCGCAAGGGACCCAUAAAUGUCUUGGUCUUACUGUAAGGCGCAGAACCAACGUCGUAUUUUAAUACUCAACAUCUAAGCCUCGAUAGCUGAUGACCGCCGACGAACAAGUCCCAAGAUCCGCCUUACUCAUAUACUAAAUCCUCCCACGAUAAAUCGUGACUGCACUACCAAUGUCGCCUCGGUCCGAAGCGACAUCGACGACUGUUUCCUGAAACGUAGAGCAUGGCAACCGGCGCCCCUUGAAUCAUCCCGUCAUCGGCUUCUUGCAGGAUGCAAACAUACGGUCUGACCGACAGCUAGACAUCUUACAGACCAAAGUCAUAAACCACAUAUCAUAGACUUAGAAGAAGUGGAUAAACAGAACGAACCAGAAAAACAACCGGAGAGAAUAUGUCUGGCCCUCAGAACGGGCCAGUGCCUCCUCGUACGAACGGCGCCGGGCCGAAAGAGUUAGAGACGCUAUGUCGCGAGCUCAAGGUCAAGGUCGACACCUUUCUCGACACGCCGACCGAAGACGAAGUCCUCAACUCGGUGAAGAACCAGAUAAUAGUCGCGAGAGGUGUUAUAGACGAGGCCCUGCGGCGGUAUAGACCAGAAGAACUCUCGCUCUCUUACAACGGCGGCAAGGAUUGUCUAGUCCUCCUAAUCCUAAUCCUCGCCUCCCUCCCCUCAUCAGCCUCCCUCCAACGACCGCAACCGUCCGCACAAUGCACACCCGCCUCCAACACCACCACCCCAACUAACGCCUCCUCCCUAACCUCCCCCCCGCCGCCCUUCCCGCGCAGCCUGCAGGCGCUGUACAUACGCCCGCACCUGCCCUUCGCCGAGGUGGACGAGUUCGUGGCCGCGACGUCGGCGGCGUACCACCUGGACCUGACGACGUCGAACGAGGCGAUGAAGCCCGCGCUGACGGCGUACCUGCGCGAGCGGCCCGAGGUCAAGGCCGUGUUCGUCGGCACGCGGCGCACCGACCCGCACGGCGCCGCGCUGACCUUCUUCGACGAGACCGACGCCGAUUGGCCGCGCUUCAUGCGCGUGCAUCCCGUUAUUGACUGGCAUUAUCGGGAGGUUUGGGGGUUCAUACGCGCCCUUGGCAUCCCCUACUGCCCUCUCUACGACAAGGGGUAUACGUCGCUAGGCGGUAUAGACGAUACGCAUCCGAACCCGGCGCUGAAGGGCCCCGGAGGUAAAGCGGAUGGUGAGCAGUUCAGGCCCGCGUACGAAUUGGUAGAGGAUAGGGAGGAGCGGCUCGGUAGGGAUCGAUAAUCUCUUGCCUGUUUUCUUGGGGGUUGAUCGCGGGUUAAAGGACUGCUAGGACUGGUUCGUGAACUGCAUGAAGAUGACGGUAAGCAUUAGCGGCUAUGGGGCAUUAUGUUGGAAUUACACCAACUCCUUACAUCACGGAGCAUGGGUAGGUAUGCUCAAAUCUCAACUUACAGUAUCAUGGGAAGGGUUAGAUAGAGGUUUGUUACCCCCUUUGAGGUUACCUAGAUAUCUUUUCCUUGCCUACCUAGGGCUGUCUCGAAUAGAUUAACAUAUUAUCAAAUCACCUUUGAGUUGUUC